AUGUAUAGUUAUAAAAAUAAGUACCAUGUAUACAUGAAAUCUAGUAGGUACAAUGUGCAGGCUUUUGAAGUUGUUGUUUCGAUUGGUGGUUUGCAGUUACAAUUGUGUAACUCCAAACGUGUUCCAGUCAGGCCAGAUCCUAAACGUGACUUGUAUGCAAUUCUUGGAGUCGAUAAAAAAGCAACUUUAGAUGAAAUAAGAAAAGCUUAUAUCGAAAAAACAAAACAGCUUCACCCUGAUGCUUUGGGUAGUUUGAACGAAAUUGAAAGGAAACAGCAGAAUAGUGCAUUUAUUGAGCUAAAAAAUGCAUAUGAUGUGCUCAAAAAACCAGCGGAUCGAAAAGCUUAUGACUGUAGACGUGAGGAUCGCCAUGUAAAUAGCCAGCAAGCUUCAAGGUUCCGUUCGAAUCGAUUUGCGUCGCACAAAAUGAGAUAUGGCAGAACAUCUAAUUAUGAUAAUUGGUUUGAAUUUGGCCAACGUCAAGGCAUGCAUGGAUCAGAAAAAAUUUUUCCGGAAGAAGUAGGGAAAUAUGUACGGAAACAGUUCGGUGUUAUAAUUAGAGUGGUCGUUGUUUCAUUAUUUACAAUCACACUGUAUUAUAUGAGUGAAGAUUUUCACGUUUAUGUUUCUUUGAGUUAUGUUAAUCAUCAACGUCGACGACAUCUCGAGUAUCUGAGCGAUAAAGAUGAGAUUGCUCGAAGUUUUCUGCGGCAGCCAGAGUUCGAUAAGAAUAGGCACGAUUUGCUUCAGGUUGAAAGUCUGGCGCAAAUUCUCAAGGGAGAUAUCGAUUCAGCUUAUCGAAGGAAGAAAGAAACUUUAAUUACGAAAGAUGUUUGA